AUGCAUUAAAAGGCAUUUUAAUAAGUGAAAAGCUUUAAUGAAAUUUCUAACUCUUUGCCACUGUUCGACCUUUUCAACCAAAAAAGAUUGAUUAGAGAAGCCAAAACUGCGUUUAGUAACUCAAACCAAUACCUCGCCAUAUACCAAAUCAACUAUUCCUGUAAUGACUUCAUAGUGACUUAAUUGGUAAUAUGGGGCUAGUUCUAACUCUGUAUAAAAGUUUAUUAUUGUAGGGUAGGUGGAUCCUUAUGAUUCCGGUUAGGGCAUCAGCUACAAAGUAUCCAAAGUAGUUUUGAACCUCAGGAAAUAGUAGCCAUUAAAAUUUAGGAUUUCAAGGGGAUUGGCUAAUUUCUCUUAACUUAACUAUGAUGACCUCAUAAGAGAUUACUAUUAUAUGGCUUUAUAGAUAGACUAGAAAUCAUACUUUUAAUGGAAAUCCUAUUUAAGGAAGAUUUGUAUCCAUCUGUUGAUAAAAUUUAAUUCAUUAAUUUAAUUAAAAAAUCUAUAGGAUAAGGAUCAUUAUUUAUUUUGA